AGUUCCAGCCGUCGUCCAUCAGGUCUCCGCAGUACUCUUUCAGGAUCGCGACAGGGAAGUGGUGAUGUCGCGGUGGGCAGCGGCCACACUCCAGGACUAGAUCGGCGGCUCUUGUGCGAGUGAGGGGAACAGCAGGGAACGAGGUCCACCCAGUGUGUGUGUGGCUGACCCGGCUCGUGCAACUCAGGAGAAGGGAUUCACUAGGUUGAAAAAGUGCAGACUGGCUGAGGUCUGCGACCAUGAAGGUCAAAGUCAUCCCGGUACUUGAAGACAACUACAUGUACCUGAUCAUUGAGGAACACACGCGGGAGGCCGUAGCUAUAGACGUGGCUGUGGCCGAGAGGUUGCUGGAGAUUGCGGGUCGCGAGGGAGUGUCUCUGACCAUGGUGCUGUCCACCCAUCAUCACUGGGACCACACACGUGGAAAUGCGGAGCUGGCACACAUUCUGCCAGGAUUGGCUGUCUUGGGAGCAGAUGAGCGCAUUUGCGCUCUAACCCGAAGGCUGGAACAUGGAGAAGGGCUUCAGUUUGGGGCCAUCCACGUGCGAUGCCUCUUGACGCCAGGCCACACCUCUGGCCACAUGAGCUACUUCCUGUGGGAGGAUGACUGCCCGGACUCACCAGCCCUCUUCUCUGGUACCGUGCAGCCUGGAUUCAUCUACCUACCCAAUUCCACUGUGCCCUCCCUACCCCCAUCUGACCCUCUCUGCUCCCUAGGGGAUGCUCUGUCAGUGGCAGGCUGUGGCUGGCACCUGGAGGACACUGCCCAGCAGAUGUACCAGAGCUUGGCCAAGACUCUGGGUACCCUUCCACCCGAGACGAAGGUGUUCUGUGGUCAUGAGCAUACGCUGAGCAAUCUUGAGUUUGCACAGAAAGUGGAGCCCUGCAACGAACACGUGCAAGCUAAGCUGUCCUGGGCCCAGGAGAGGGAUGACGAGGAUAUUCCUACUGUGCCUUCGACGCUGGGCGAGGAGCUCAUGUACAACCCUUUCCUGAGGGUGACGUGAGUACAUCUGUGUCCUGGGUCUUCCUGUGGUGGGGCCUGGGCCCUAUCAGUGGGUAGGGCAACCUCACGAGGCUGUGUGCACUGCCAGUGACAAGUCUCCCCAUGGAGCAGUCUCAGGACUAGCCUGGCCUCCUCAGGGCCUCUUUGGCAGUCAUUUGAGUAGUUAGGAGGGUAUCUAGGGACUAUUUAUUGAGCUGAAUGUCCCUGGCACCAGAGAAGGUCAUUUAUUAAGGGCCCUCCUUCCAUCCACCGCCCUGCUGGGCCCCACCCCCAUGGGCAGCUGGCCAGCCCCACAAUUCCCCAGCAUAUUCUUCCCUGCAGAGAGGAUGCAGUCCGUGCGUUCACAGGCCAGGUGGCCCCAGCCCAGGUCCUGGAGGCCCUCUGCAGGGAGCGAGCGCGCUUCCAGCCUGCUGUGGAGCCACCACAGCCGCAGGUUCGGGCACUCCUGGCCUUACAGUGGGGGCUUCUGAGCACACACCAGAAAAAGUGAACUAUGUGGGGAACCGGCUUGUCCCCACACUCCCCCAGGGACCCCUGCCACCCUGCUUUGAAGAACCAGCAAGUGGUGUCUUGUCUCUACUGCUCAUGGAGCCCUAUAAGUGGGAUCUGUAGGAGCUCUUGUGGGUCCAGAGACAUAUCCUGGGGACUGAGGAGGGUGAAUAAAACUUUGAAAGGCCCAGUGUGGUACCAGACACACAGUGGAUCCUUCCAGA